CCCGGAGGCAUCUGUCCCAGCCCCAGAGGCGCCCGUCUCCCAUCCUCACGCGCACAGCCUCCGUCCCGGGGCUGCAGGGAAGGAGCCGGGAUGGAGGUCGUUCGCAUGGAUGCAGACCCCUCGCAGACGUACCGUCCAGAGGCAGGGGCAGUGCCGGGCAAGCCGAAGGCAGACUUCAGGAACUACACGGAUGGCACGCUCCUGGACCGUGUGUACAACACUUACCUGCUCAUGCACACGCACCAGACCGUUGACUUCGUCCGCAGGAAGCACGUGGAGUACGGGGCCUGCUCCCAUCGCCGCCUGAGCAUCAUGGAGGCCCUGGACCUGCUGGACAACUUGGUGGACGAGUCGGACCCGGACGUGGACUUCCCCAACUCCUACCAUGCCUACCAGACAGCCGAGGGCAUCCGCACGGCGCACCCCGACAAAGACUGGUUCCACCUCGUGGGGCUGCUGCAUGACCUGGGGAAAAUCCUCGCCCUCUCCGGGGAGCCGCAGUGGGCCGUGGUGGGUGACACCUUCCCCGUGGGCUGCAAGGUCCAGAAGUCGGUCGUCUUCAGCGACUCCACCUUCCACGACAACCCCGACACCCGCAACCCCCUGUACAACACCGAGUACGGGAUGUACCGGCCCCACUGCGGCCUGGAGAACGUGCUCAUGUCCUGGGGCCAUGACGAGUACAUGUACAAGGUCAUGAGGUUCAACAACUUCUCCCUCCCCCCGGAGGCCUUCUACAUGAUCCGCUUCCACUCCUUCUACCCCUGGCACACCUGCAGCGACUACAUGCACCUGUGCAGCCCUGAGGACCGGCGUAUGCUGCCCUGGGUGCAGGAGUUCAACAAGUUCGACCUGUACACCAAGAGCGAAGACCUACCUGAGGUGAAGCAGCUGAGAUCCUACUACCAGUCCCUCGUGGACAAGUACUGCCCCGGGCAGCUGUACUGGUGACGGGGGGCCUGGCCUGUAGCUUCCAGGGCUGGGCAUGGGGGAGAGACGGCAGCGCCGCUCAGCGGGGAGGGGUGCAGGUUCCUGCUGAUGUCUCGGAAAAGAGGCCUCCCCAGGACAUCCUCUCUGCACUCCCGGGCACAAAGCUUCCCACCCACCCCACAUCGCCAGCCAGGGGCUGCACCUGCACGAAGAUGGGUGUGGAGAAAGCAGUGCAGCCCAAAUGACCACGACCCCAAGAAGCACUUCCUUGUGCAAACAUAAUAAAGCCUGUGCUGCGCGCG